UGCAUCGUCCCUUCCUCAAACUUCAGUCCGCAUAACCGAAUCUUCUUGACUGCGGCGAUCUCUGUGUGGUUGCAGUCUCAGGAACCAGGAAAUGAUGGUGGAUCACUGCGCCUUUGCCUGGAUCUUGGAUGUCGUGCUCGGUCUUGUAGUUGCGGUUACUUUCUUUGUUGCUGCUCCGAGGAGGAAUCGCCGGGGAGGAACCGAUUCCACUGCGAGUAAGGACUGCGUAAUAAGUACUGCAAUCGCCAAUGGAGAAUGUAAACCCGACGAUGCCGACGCCGAAGUUAUCAUUGUUGGAGCCGGUGUUGCCGGUUCCGCUCUUGCUUAUACUCUCGGCAAGGAUGGUCGUCGAGUUCACGUGAUUGAAAGAGACUUGACAGAGCCGGAUAGAAUCGUUGGUGAAUUCUUACAGCCUGGUGGUUACCUCAAAUUGAUCGAGUUAGGACUUGGAGAUUGUGUUGAGGAAAUUGAUGCACAGAAGCUGUAUGGCUAUGCCCUUUUCAAGGAUGGAAAGAACACUCGAGUUUCUUAUCCAUUGGGAAAUUUUCACUCUGAUGUAUCUGGAAGAAGCUUCCACAAUGGGCGCUUCAUACAGAGAAUGAGGGAGAAGGCUGCUUCCCUUCCCAAUGUGAGAUUAGAGCAAGGGACAGUUACUUCGCUGCUUGAAACAAAAGGAACGAUUAAAGGAGUGCAAUAUAAGUCUAAAAAUGGUGAAGAGAAAACAGCAUACGCACCUCUGACUAUUGUUUGUGAUGGCUGCUUCUCAAACUUACGCCGCUCUCUUUGCAAGCCAAUGGUUGAUGUUCCCUCUUGUUUUGUGGGAUUGGUUCUUGAGAAUUGCCAACUCCCUUUUGCUAAUCAUGGGCAUGUUGUUCUCGGAGAUCCUUCUCCUAUUUUGUUCUAUCCCAUCAGCAGUACCGAGAUCCGUUGUCUAGUUGAUGUUCCUGGUCAAAAGGUUCCUUCUAUAUCAAAUGGCGAUAUGGAGAAGUAUUUGAAGACGGUAGUGGCGCCUCAGGUUCCUCCGCAAAUCCAUGAUGCCUUUAUAGCUGCUAUUGAAAAGGGUAAUGUAAGGACAAUGCCAAACAGAAGCAUGCCUGCUGCUCCCCACCCGACACCCGGUGCCUUACUAAUGGGUGAUGCAUUCAACAUGCGCCACCCUCUCACCGGUGGAGGAAUGACCGUAGCUUUGUCCGAUAUUGUUGUUCUCAGGAACCUCCUCAAGCCGCUCAAAGACUUAAAUGAUGCAUCAACUCUCUGCAAGUAUCUAGAAUCCUUUUAUACUCUGCGAAAACCAGUGGCUUCUACAAUCAACACGUUGGCAGGGGCAUUAUACAAGGUCUUUUGUGCAUCACCAGAUCAAGCCAGGAAGGAAAUGCGACAAGCUUGCUUUGAUUAUUUGAGCCUUGGAGGAGUGUUCUCAAAUGGACCUAUCUCCUUGCUUUCAGGAUUGAAUCCUCGCCCAUCAAGUCUGGUUCUCCAUUUCUUUGCGGUGGCAAUAUAUGGAGUUGGUCGCCUAUUGCUUCCAUUUCCUUCUCUGAAAGGCAUCUGGAUUGGAGCAAGACUGAUCUAUAGCGCAUCAGGAAUCAUAUUGCCAAUUAUAAAGGCGGAAGGAGUUAGACAGAUGUUCUUCCCUGCAACUGUUCCUGCUUAUUACAGAAGCCCACCCGUUCAUAAACCCAUAACAUGAUGUGAUGAUACAGAAGGAAGGAUCAAAUUGGGCAAAAAAAAGGGUUCGUUUUAGUUGA